AUGCAGGGAUUCAAAAGUCUGGUGGUAAUGACCCUGACCUUCUUCCUGGUGUUUUCUUUCAUGGGAAAUUGCAACAGUGCUCCGCAGAGACUCUUUGAGAGAAGGAACUGGACUCCUCAAGCUAUGCUCUACCUGAAGGGUGCACAGGGGCGCCGCUUCCUUUCCGACCAGAGCCGGAGGAAGGACCUCUCCGACCGGCCGCCGCUCGAAAGACGAAGCCCAAAUUCCCAACGACUAACUCUUCCAGAGGCAGCAGCUGUACUAUUGGCUUUUUUGCAGAAACCACAAGAAGCUGGAGAAGAAAACUUGGAUCAAACCAGAUUCCUAGAAGACAGUCUGCUAAACUGGUGA